AGCCUACGUAUCACGUCUGAGCUUGAAUGGCCUCCCACUUAGUAUUUGCAGUUGACUCUUGAUGUAUAAGCAACGGUGCCGCACGGCAAGCACUCCACUGUUGCUAAAGCCGGUGGACUUUGUACUCGCUCCGCAGCCUCAGAAGUGACUAUAAAUCUCCCGCCAGAUUCCACGUCGAAUCCGUCACAAGAAUGAAUAUCUCUACUACUCUCUCUAUACUACCUGGCUCUCCAUCAAGUCUCUGGACAACCAUGCGUUCAGUUGGCACAUUCAAUAUCGCUUGUUCAUUUGCAGCACUUUGGGCCUUUGUCAAAGUUCUAAGGGCACUCCGCUGGCGAUUGAAGACCACUCAACUGCGGGGUCCACCUCGUUCCAGCAUCGUAUAUGGUGUUUCAAACGACCUCGUCUCAUCUACAGAUACUGCUGCAAUGUAUGAACGUUGGGCGGAUGAAUAUGGGGUAGUAUAUAUGAUUCCGAGCGUCCUCGGGCAGACUAAAAUCGUGCUAUGCGACCCAAAAGCUAUAGCACACUUUUAUGCCCGAGAGACAUGGACCUAUGUGCAGACGCCCCUUGCGUCAGUGCUCCUAGAGACCUCGAUCGGCAGAGGGUUACUAUGGGCUCACGGUGAAAGCCACAGGAGGCAGCGGAAGGCCCUCACGCCAGCUUUUAGCAACGCAGCUAUUCGGAGACUUACAUCAGUGUUUUAUGACUCAGCAUACAAGGUCAAGGGUGCAUGGGAUACUGCUAUAGAAUCCAGCAAGGAUGGCAAUGCGGUCAUUGAAGUCCAGAACUGGAUGAAUCAUACCUCUCUAGAUACGAUUGGCAUCGCCGGUUUCUCCCAUGAUUUUGGCUCGCUCGAUGGGAAGCACGCUACCGUGACCGAAGCGUUUGAUACGUUCGGGAACAAUGCACGGACCUCAGUGGCGAACAAGCGGACGAUUCUGAACAAGAAACUUGGCGUGACCAUGGGCGAAAUAUCCAACAAAUUGUUGAUUCGCAGUCGCCAGGAGAAGGGCGCGAACAUGAACGAGGCAGAAGAGGAGAAGUCCGUUAUUGGACUGUUGCUCAAAGCCGAAGGUCAGGAUGCCGAGCUUCGCCUGUCGGAGGCAGAAGUAGUGGCUGAGGUCCGUGGAGACUAUUCUAGCGACGAAUUUCAAGCUAACGUCAUGCAGAUGAAGGUCUUGCUUGUCGCGGGUUACGAGACGACAUCCAUCAGUCUUACGUGGGCACUGAUCGAACUAUCGCGACACCCCGAUGUUCAAACCAGACUCAGAGAGGAACUGCUUGCGUUUGGUGCUGAUCCGACAUAUGACCAAUUAAAAGCCAACCUCCCGUUCUUGGAUGCUGUUGUCCAUGAAAUUCUACGACUCCAUCCCCCGAUAUCCGAAUUCGUUCGGCUUGCAGCCGCAGACGAUGUUAUUCCUUUGGGUGAACCUGUGCGCACGGCGUCCGGGAAAAUGACCGACAGUAUAUCUGUAGCCAAGGGGUCAUUGAUUACGAUCUCAGCCGGGGCAAUCAACCGCUCUUUCUCCAUCUGGGGACCUGACGCAAAGGAAUUCAAGCCCGACCGUUGGCUUGCUGAAGGGGGCAUCAGUGGGAAGGCCAAGGAAGUUCAAGGUCAUAGGCAUUUGCUGACAUUUGUCGACGGCCCGAGGACAUGUCUUGGAAAAGACUUUGCACUUGCGGAAUUCAAGACGGUUUUAUCGGUUCUGGUGAAGAAUUUCAUGUUUGAGAUGCGGGAUGGACCAGAUACUCAGCUUGAGAUUGCGAGGGGGCUUUUGCCUCGUCCGCGGGUUGUUGGAGAGGAUGGUAUUGGGGUACCUUUACGCGUCCGUCGGUACGAAUGAUUGAUUGCUGACAGGUUUAAAUAUUUUCCUCA